AUGGUGCCUGACAGGCACUACUGUGCCAGCGCCACGCUGCUGUCCGUGCUGAUGCUGUGUCUGCUGCAGAUAUUCGCCCGCAGCCUCCACGCAGAUGACGUUUCCAUCGUGCAGUGCAUACCAACAAACUGCAGUCGACCUUGUCCCGCUCUACCACCUGUAUGCCGCUCCAAGUUAAUCAGGAAUUGUGGAUGCUGUGAUGUUUGUUGGAUCUUCCUUGGUGAAGGCGACAUAUGUGACACACCCGUUCCUGAAAAUGUUGUAUGUGGCCCAAACCUGUGGUGCAACUAUGAGGGCCGCUGUGAGGUGAUACCUCUCGAGGAGAAUGUAACCGAAAAAUGACAGGAAAACCAUCCUGGAAAUUCAUGUUAACAACUGAGGUUUCCAGGCUGCAAUCAUAGCUAUGAAAUUGAGAGUUUAAUUAUUAUUAAUAC